CGCGCGGCGCGGGGGGGUGGGACGCGCACGGAGGCGAAGAGAUCAGAAGGAAAGGGAGAGAGAGGGGGAGAGGGAAGGAAACUGGGCAGCUUCUCGUCUUCUUCUCGGCGUCCUCAUGCCUCGGCAGUGCCCCGGCGCCUUCCCUUCGCCCUGGGCGCAGUAGCCAUGGCCGCGGUGGCUGUCCUCCGGAACGACUCCCUCCAGGCUUUCCUCCAGGACCGCACCCCCAGCGCCUCCCCAGACUUGGCCAAGCACUCGCCUCUAGCUCUUCUGGCCGCUACUUGUAGCCGGAUCGGGCAGCCGGGCGCAGCGCCCUCGGAUUUCCUGCCUGUGUCCUACGACCCGACGCUGGGAUCCCCCUCUAGGAUCUUCCACCCGUGGAGCGGCGAGAUGCCAGCGCACUCCCCGGGAGGGCUGCCGCCGCCGCAUCCCAGCUUGGGGUUGACCCCUCAGAAGAACCACCUGCAGCCCUCCUUCGGGGGUUCUCACGAACUGCCCCUCACCCCCCCGGCGGACCCCUCCUACCCCUACGAAUUCUCCCCCGUCAAGAUGCUGCCCUCCUCCAUGGCUGCCCUGCCGUCCAGCUGCCCGCCCGCCUACGUCCCCUACGCCGCCCAGGCUGCCCUGCCGCCCGGGUACUCCAACCUGCUUCCGCCCGCCCAGCCCUGCCGGCAACUGUCGCCCAACCCGCCGCCCGAGGACAUCCCCUGGUGGAGCAUCCAGCAGGCCGGCGCCCCGGGAGGCUGCGGCCACCGCUUCCCCGCGGCGGCGGCGCUGCCGCGGAGCCUGGUGCUGGGGCACUCGGACUUCGCUCAAUACCAGACGCAGAUCGCCGCCCUGCUGCAGACCAAGUCUCCCCUGGCGGCCACGGCCAGGAGGUGCCGCCGCUGCCGCUGCCCCAACUGCCAGUCGGCCGCGGGCAGCGCCCCUGAGGCGGAGCCGGGCAAGAAGAAGCAGCACAUCUGCCACAUCCCCGGCUGCGGCAAGGUGUACGGCAAGACCUCGCACCUGAAGGCGCACCUGCGCUGGCACACGGGCGAGCGGCCCUUCGUCUGCAACUGGCUCUUCUGCGGGAAGAGCUUCACCCGCUCCGACGAGCUGCAGCGGCACCUGCGGACUCACACGGGCGAGAAGCGCUUCGUCUGCCCCGAGUGCGGGAAGCGCUUCAUGCGCAGCGACCACCUGGCCAAGCACGUCAAGACCCACCAGAACAAGAAGCUGAAGGCGGUGGCGGACGGCGUCAAGCGGGAGGACAGCCGCGACCUGUGACCGCCGGG